CUCAAUAAUUGGAAAUUUUCUUUGGUUCAUGUAAAUCAGCUUCUUGUAUGGGGAGGUUUCUUGUAUGUUGUUAAUUACCACUUGCAAUUAAGAGUUUUCUCCCUUCUCUUUUCACAAAAUGCAAAAUAGCUCUCGCUCCUUUUCAAAUUGAAUACUCCUAAGUUUUAUGAUCGAUUGUGCCAAAGAAAGUCCAAUCUCCAAAUAAAAUAUUUCACAUGUUAUUACCUGCACUUAUAUACUUAAUGAGUCACGAUCCUAAAGCAGUUUUGGUCAAAAGUAUGCAUCCUGUUUUAGUUUGUUAAGUAUUGGUUUCCUUUCAUUGCAAUAGUGUUUAGGGCACAAACAAUUGUUUGGGGAUAGUGUUAACAGACUUCCAGAGCCAAAGGAACUAGGGCAAUUCUGUUUUAUUUUCUCUCUCUCCCUUUCUUUUAUCGUCUAAUUUUGUAAAUUAGGACAUCUUGUCCUCCUUGGCAUUCUUCAUUUGAUUUCAAGUUAACUAAUCUCUAUGAAAAAGGAAAAGAAAACAUUUUCUCAUUAGCCUGCUUCAAUUUGUAUUCCAACUAAAGAAAUUAGAACAAGGUUAUCUUAAGGGAGGAGGAUACAAUAAGAUCUUCAACUUCAAAGCCGAUUAAAGCAUUUUUCCGUAUCUCGUUUGAAUUGUUGAAGUUAUGGAGGUGUUCUUCCGCGUUCUCGUCUCAACUUUGUUGUGCUUAUUUGGUCACAUGGCAUUCAGUGAUAUGCAACCGGUGGAGGUGCUUGUUCUGUCCUUGCUGAUAGUUCAGGAUAGCAUAGGGAUCCUUGCAUAUGAAUCCUGUCUGACAUAUUUACAUUUUGGGCUGUUUUUAUUUCAGGCUAUUGCAUCUCCUAGAGAAUUUUUGCUUAACAAGGUUCCAGCUCCAAUGCCUACCCCUACGAUAUUUAAUCUGGAUGCAAUUGAAGCCCUUGCCACGGACAACAUUGUGUCAAAAGAUGCUUUGACUUUUGAAGAUCUAGGGCUUGCGCCACAUAAAGUGAAGGGAUAUCCGGUUGAGUUUCUUAUCCAGUAUCGUAAAGGUGGACCAAAUUAUGGGUCAACUGUUAGUGAAAGAGUGUCUCCUGAAUCUUAUCCAUGAAGUUCUUUGGUCUAGCAUGAACGCCAUUUGGACCUUAUUAGGAAGAUUGGUGCAGUUAUUUCAGCUUCUUUUACAAGAUUUCUGGAGUACAGCCGCGACAACGGGAAAAUAAAUGCAAAGAGAGUUUUUCAGCAAAUGCAAGUUGUGUAAUGCUGAGACCUACACUCUUUUUGGGAAAGAUGGAGUUGACUAUGAUUUUAGGUGUUUUUUGUGCCGUUGUCUCGAGGAGAUUGUAUUUUCUUUUUCGAGUUCACUUCUGUGUUCUCCCUUCUGUAUUUCACCUAAGUAGUAACCAAGAAAAGUUGGAACAUGAUUGUAGUGUCAGGGUAAAAAAAUAUUAUUUCAGUGUAUUCCUUCUGUCCAACUUUUGCCAUUGCUGUUCUUCUAUUUGGCUGUUCAAAUAACCGUGUAAGUCUCCUAAAUAAACAGAAUACAUACUUAAAUCCUUUACAAUGCCAAUGAUGUCUUCCUGGUGGGAAA